CCCGAGGAAGAGGGCGAGCCGCGGGGCCGGUCCAGGAGGGAAGUGCGACGUGUCCCCUCGGCUGGCUCUUAAACCUUCCCCUUUUCCCCCCUUUCGCUGCCUCCGUCCCUCGCCGCCUCUCCGAGCCCGGCCCCGCUGGAAGGAGCUGCUCUCUGCCCUCGCGCUCUCGCCCUCCCUCGCGCUCCAGCCGGGACUCUGCAGCAACAUGUCCGAGAACAAGAAGCAAAGGAUGAAUCUCCAUAGGUCUACUAAUGUGGUAUACCAGGCCCAUCACGUCAGCAGAAGUAAGAGAGGACAAGUUGUGGGCACAAGAGGCGGAUUUCGUGGCUGUACAGUAUGGCUUACAGGUCUUUCUGGUGCUGGCAAGACAACCAUUGGGUUUGCACUUGAAGAAUACCUUGUGGCUCACGGCAUCCCGUGCUACUCUCUUGAUGGAGAUAACAUCCGCCAUGGUCUCAACAAAAAUCUAGGGUUCUCUGCUGAUGACCGAGAAGAAAAUAUCCGCCGUAUUGCUGAGGUUGCUAGGCUGUUUGCUGAUGCUGGCUUGGUUUGCAUAACUAGCUUCAUUUCUCCUUUUGCAAAGGAUCGCCAGAAUGCACGUAAGAUUCAUGAAAUUGCUGGACUCCCUUUCUUUGAAAUCUUUGUAGAUGCACCUCUGAAUAUCUGCGAGAGCAGAGACGUGAAAGGCCUUUACAAAAAAGCACGAGCUGGAGAAAUCAAAGGAUUUACUGGAAUUGACUCAGACUAUGAGAAACCAGAAGCACCUGAACUUGUUUUGAAAACCAACUUAUUUUCGGUGACUGAAUGCAUCCUCACCAUUGUGCAGCUCUUGCAAGAGCAGAGCAUUGUUCCUCCAACGGCCAUCAAGGAUGUCCUUGAACUAUUUGUGCCUGAAAAUAAAAUAGAACAAGCUCGAGCUGAAGCCAAUACACUGCCUUCUGUAAAGAUUACCAAGCUGGAUCUACAGUGGGUUCAAGUCCUGGGUGAAGGCUGGGCCACCCCACUCAAAGGCUUUAUGCGGGAGAAAGAAUACUUGCAAGUUAUCCAUUUUGGGACCUUGCUGGAUGGAAGGGGUAGAGUUGAUAUAGCCGAGCUUGAUGGUGUUAUUAACCUGAGCAUUCCCAUCGUACUUCCAAUAUCUUCGGAAGACAAGAAACGACUGGAAGGUUGCAGUGCAUUUACCUUGGAGUACAAUGGGCGGAGGGUGGCAAUACUCAGAAAUCCAGAAUUUUUUGAGCAUAGGAAGGAAGAACGUUGUGCACGUGUUUGGGGGACCACAUGUGCAAAGCACCCACAUGUGAAAAUGGUGAUGGAAAGUGGAGAUUGGUUGGUUGGUGGAGAUCUCCAUGUGCUAGAGAGAAUAAAAUGGAAUGAUGGACUGGACCAGUACCGCUUGACACCCUUGGAGCUGCGGCAGAAGUUCAGAGAAAUGAAUGCUGAUGCAGUAUUUGCAUUCCAGCUUCGCAAUCCAGUACACAAUGGACAUGCCUUACUGAUGCAGGAUACCAAACGCCGCCUUCUAGAACGAGGCUACAAGUAUCCCGUGCUGCUCCUGCAUCCUCUUGGCGGAUGGACCAAAGAUGAUGAUGUGCCCCUCGAUUGGCGCAUGAAGCAGCAUGCUGCCGUGCUGGAGGAGCAAGUGUUGGAUCCAAAAUCCACAGUUGUCGCAAUUUUCCCUUCUCCCAUGCUGUAUGCCGGACCAACAGAGGUCCAGUGGCACUGCAGAGCUCGAAUGAUCGCUGGAGCUAACUUUUACAUUGUGGGCCGAGAUCCAGCUGGGAUGCCCCACCCAGAGACCAAGAAAGACCUGUACGAACCCACACAAGGUGGAAAGGUGCUGAGCAUGGCUCCGGGAUUGACCUCUGUGGAAAUCAUUCCCUUCCGAGUAGCUGCGUACAACAAAGUACAGAAAGCAAUGGUUUUCUAUGAUCCAGACAGACACAAUGAAUUUGACUUCAUUUCUGGCACACGCAUGAGGAAGUUGGCCCGCGAUGGUGAAAACCCUCCUGAUGGAUUCAUGGCUCCAAAAGCAUGGAAGGUGUUGACAGAAUACUACACAUCCCUGGGGAAAAAUAAUUAAUUUUUGUUUUUACCAAAGAGUGCCUUCGUUUUUUCAAAAAAAAUGAGCCCCCUUCUGUUUGAUUUAUAUGCUAUUAUACUUCAUCUACUUUGAUUUGUUUUCCCUACUGUAUUUUGUGGGCAUUUUCUUCAUGAAGUCAAUAGUGGUUCUCGUUCAACUGUUUUCCACUCUGAAUUUACUAGAGUCUUCUAUACAUUUCAGAAGAAGAGCCACAAAGGGGAUUUGAUUGUACAUAGACCAAUGUAGAUUUAGGGUAUGGGAGUGAAAAGCCAUAUUAUGAUUUGUCAAGAGCCUUUGGGAACUGGGAUGUCUCAAUUAUGCAGUUGAAAACUAUUUAUCUGUUCUUUGAUGCUCUUCAUUGGCUGCAAAGGACAAACAAGCCAGACAUAAUGGCUGGUGCUGAAUUCCAAUUCUCUCUUUCUAUUUUCCAAAACAACACAGCUUUUUUACUUCCCUUUCUGAGUAUUUCGUGAUACCAGCAUGUUUUAUUUUGAUUUUCCAUAGAAAGAUUGGGAAUUGGUACCCCAAGUCAUCAGGGUACCUCCUUAAGGGUAACAAUUCACAACAUUCCAAUGUUUCUUUCGCUGUUUUAGGGCACAAAAAGGUUUACAGGUUGAGCAUACUUUAUCUGGAAUCCUGACAUCCAAAAUCAUGCAUGUUGGAGGCUGAGAUAGUGCUUUCGCAUGUUUCAACACAUGCCCAAAAUGAGCCGUGAUGGCACAAUGGGUUAAACCCUCGUGCCUGUUGAACUGCUGCCUUGAAGGUUGGCAGUUCAAAUCCGCGAGAUAGGGUGAGCUCCCAUCUGUCAGCUCCAGCUUCCCAUGCGGGGACCUGAGAGAAGCCCCCUGCAGGAUGGUAACACAUUUGGGCACCCCCUAGGCAACUAUUCUCUCACACCCUCAAUUUGCUUCUGACAUGAUAAACAAUGCCCAAAAUAUUAAAAUAUUGUGUAUAUAAUUAUUUUCAGGCUAUGUAUAUAAAGUGUGUAUGACAUAUCAAUGAAUAUCCUGUUUAGGCAUGACUUCAAUCUCCAAGAUAUCUCCUUAAGCAUAUGCAAUUACUCAGAAAUCUGGAGGGAAAAAACCCUAAAAUAUGGAACACUUCUGAUCUCAAGCAUUUUGGAUGUAGCCCCCAGUGGCGCAAUGGGUUAAACCCUUGUGCUGGCAGGACUGCUGACCAAAAGGGUGGCAGUUCGAAUCCAGAGAGUGGGGUGAGCUCCUGUCUGUCAGCUCCAGCUUCUCAUGCAUGGACAUGAGAAAAGCCUCCGACAGGAUGAUAAAACUUCCAGGCUCCCUUGCAGACGGACAAUUCUCUCACACUAGAUGCAACUUGCAGUUUCUCAAGUCGCUCCCGACAUGAAAAAAAAAGCAUUUUGGAUUAGGAAUACUCAAUCUGUAUCAUUUUAGGAUGGUGAUUUUCACUGCUUUAAGGAAAUUGGAAGUUUCUGGGAAGUGUUUCAAGGUUGAGUAGUGGUGGCAGGGUUACCACAAAACAUUUUUCUGCCUUUGGCAGAGACACAAGUGGUACUCUUCCCCAAAUCAAAUUGCACAUUCCCCUAAGCCAGGCAUUUUACUACCUAAGGUAAAUAAGAAUCUCUUCCCCAAUUUAUGAAAUAAAAUUGGAUUGUGCUGGUCAUUUGUCUAAGCACUGGCCCAAAAUCCAAAUUGCAAGUUUCAAAAAAUAAAUCAGGAUUUCCUUUUUUUCUCUAUGCAAACGAAUAAAAAUUAUUUGCAAAGACUGUGAAAUGAUUGCCUUGUUUUGUGUAGCAAUUGUUCAAUGGUGACAGUUUUGUAGUCUUAACAUUAUAGUACUGAAUGCUUAAAUGUUACCAGCUUGUAAAGCUUUUCAAUCCUUAGAAAAAAAAAAGAACUAAAAAUGUGUCUUAUUGCACACACUUUGUGUAAAUCGAAUGCAGCCUUUGGACAAAUCAUCCCAGGCAUGCAACCUGCACUCUGUACUUACAUGGGAGCCACACUGCACUAAAGGUAUCGCACCCCAACAGUGCCAGGUGGAGGGCUCCCAUUGCAAUAUUGCUAGCUAAUGUAUAUUGACAACAGUGCCUUUUAUAACCAAGCCCUCUGGAAGGGACCUUGAAAACCGAUGUAAUCUUGCCAUUUUUAAUUUAACUGAAUGUUUAAAUAGUGCUGAUAUAUUUUCUCUUUUUUAAAAAUCUGAUAAUACUAUGUUCACGAUCAUGUCCAAAUACAUGUGUUGUACUAUUCCUUUUAAAUUUGAAAGCCUGUAACAUUUUAUAGCAUAUUUAUUACAGACGUCAGACUGGAAAUGUAUGCCUUUGCUGAUACUGCUCUUGAGUAAAAUAGCUACUGAAUUUGGUCUUUUAAUAAAAUUCACUUUUAGCAUCAAUAAA